CAAGUAGGAUGCUUACAGCUCUCAUCCUCUGCUUUAUUACUUGGUUUCGGGAAUAACGGUGGGAUUUUGCUAAUCUCGAUCAUUCAAUCAUCAGUAUCCAAAUUAGUUUUGUCAAUGGAUUUUUAGAGUAGGAUCUUUUUGGCAUUUCUCUGAGAAGCCAUAACCCGUGGUAACUGUGAUGAUCCUGACUUGAAUCUCCCGCAAAUCAGCAGAUGUUUGGGAUUUCAUAUGGAGAGCUGUUUCUCUUGCUUGGAGCUACCGCUGCUCUAAUUGGACCCAAGGACUUGCCAAUAAUUGCCAGAACAGCAGGGAGAUUAGCUGGCGCCGCCAUUGGGCAUGUCCAAUUGGCUCGUGGCCAAUUUGACUCUGUUAUGCAACAAUCACAAGCUCGCCAGGUUCACAGGGAACUUCAGGAUACAAUGGCACAAUUAGAAGCCAUUAGACAUGAAAUUAGAAGCGUGUCUUUCAUGAAUCCUGGUCCAAUGACUAGGAGACUAGUGGAUAAUCUUGACAAUACUUCUUCUGGCAACAUGGUGUCUGAAGAAACUCCUAGUGAGGAUAAAUCAAUGCCCACCAUUUCUCAGGAUUGCUGUCCAACAGCAUCAAAUUCAUGUAAUAUGCACAGCCAAGCAACUACUUUUGCAAGAUUGGCUGAAUCCCCUGCCUUAAAGGUUGGUUCAACAAAUUUUAGUCAGGAAGUGGAGAAGUUGAACACUGAAUCUGAUCUUCUCACUGUUUUACCAGUAUCUGCUGAAAGUACUGGGCUGUUACCCAAGCGCAGAGAUGAUGUAAAAGGAUCUGACCUCGUGUUGGAAGCUAUAGUGGAGGCAGAGCUGGCGCACACUGCAAAAGAAUUUUUCUCACAGCCUCAGAAUCAAAUUAAAUAUGAAUAAAUGAUACGUGGAAGGACGAAAUUCCUAUGAUCCCAAGUUCCUUGACCGUUUCCUUCCGAAAAAAUGGCUGCUUGUGAUGGGUAGUGAGAGCAAUCUGUCUGCCACUUUGGCGAGUUAUACUUAUACAGAGAACUCCGGAAAUGCGUGGAUCACUUGCACACGUGAAGCUAUGAACACGAACUUAGUGAGGGUUGUUUGCAUAAGCAUGAGCUUUACCUGUAAAUGUGCUGUGCUUAAGCAUCCUGCUCUGUGUUAUGAAAAACCGUGUUGGCGUUUGCAAUCAGCAUCACAAAGUCAUGCAUUGGUCUCAGGAAAUGCUGUUAUACGGGACAGACUACAGAGUCUUUUUGUGCUGGUUCUGCCGGACAGACUUUGGAAAACAGUUUUAUUAGUUAUAGAAGCGUCAAAUGGUCAGUGUUGGUGUGACUGCCGAAUCAAUGAUGGCCAUAAACAAAAGAUUACUGGCCCAUUGAUCAAUUUACACUCUGCUUUUCUGCUGAGUGCAGGUUUGAACUCGAACUUGAUAACUACGUCUGGCAAUAUGUCAAAGGAGGAGCAGAACUGAGUGCAUUAACGCGCAGCUAGCACUGGUAAAUCCAAACAUGAAUGGAGGGAGAUUGGUGGUCCAUAUGACGAACACCUCCAACCCAUAACCCAGUAAAGUUGUAGGGGUUGAUCAUUAGUGCCUUCUUGCUCAGUCAACUAUAGAACCCAAGUGAGUUAUGGUGUAUUGCCUCCAAUUAUUGAAUCAACCCACCUCAAAUUUGGGCUUAUUUAUUUAUUUAUUAAGAAUGCAUAGAUCCCCAACAA